UCUAGCACUUUGAAAAUAGAUUGUAUCGUUUGCUGUGUUAUUUUGUUUUGCUUGCCACAGGCUGGUCUUCAGAUCACUACGUAGUUACCGAUGAUCUCUGACUAUCUGUGGUACUGUUUAACCGAGACAGCCGUCUCCCUCUGCUCCCACACAUACAAAUAUCAGUGGCUUGAGUUGUACUCUUAGAUGGCCUAACAGUGCACCCACAGCUUGACUGUUCACCUCAGACUCUAGACUGAUUUACCCUGGAUUGCCCAACCAGGUCCCUGCAAGGCCUCUGCAAAGGUAGGCUAGGUGGACUGUGGAGGACAGAAACUGGCGGUUCAGAACUAUUUCUGUGAGCCAAAGUACUUGGUCAAACCGGGAGCCAGACGCGAUCUUAUAGGCUCUGGGACAUAAUGCAGACCACCGCCCAGUAACUAACGAAAUGGCAUGAACUGAGGGUACACGUGAAGAAGGUGCACACAACACAUCCGGUUUUGGACACCACCUUCCUAGCCGCGCAUUCGGAGGAAAUCUGCCGACAUCUCACGGAGGAGCUGAGCUUUCACACACCAGUGACCUCGGGGUCUGCAGGGUCGCAGAGCGCCGCACCCUUCUCUCCGCCCGUAGGUGGAGCCCUUUGAAGAGGCCUCGCCCGCCCCGGAACUUCGAUUUUCAGCGAAGGAGGUCGCGGUUCUCUGCGCCACCCAGAGCUCUCCGAUGCUACGUGCCCUGCCCCGCGCGCUGCGCCUCCGGCGCCCCUGGAUGUCCCCGGGGGCCCGCGGCUGCGCUGCCCACGCGUCGACCAGGACACCCGAAAUCCAAGUGCAGGCGCUGACAGGUCCCAACCAAGGAAUCACUGAGAUUCUGAUGAACAGACCUCAUGCCCGAAAUGCCUUGGGGAAUGUCUUUGUCAGCGAGUUGCUGGAAGCUCUGGCCCAGCUUCGGGAAGACCAGCAAGUCCGAGUCCUGCUCUUCAGAAGUGCAGUGAAGGGCGUGUUCUGUGCAGGUGCAGACCUGAAGGAACGGGAGCGGAUGAGUGCAGCGGAGGUGGGGACCUUUGUCCAGCGGCUCCGAGGCCUGAUGAGUGAGAUCGCAGCCUUCCCGGCACCCACCAUUGCGGCCAUGGAUGGGUUUGCCUUAGGUGGCGGCUUGGAGCUUGCCCUCGCCUGUGACCUCCGCAUAGCAGCUUCCUCCGCUGUCAUGGGGCUAAUUGAGACCACUCGAGGACUUCUCCCAGGAGCCGGAGGGACUCAGAGGCUGCCCCGCUGCCUGGGCGUGGCCCUAGCGAAGGAGCUCAUCUUCACAGGCCGGAGACUGAAUGGGGUACAAGCCCAUGAGUUGGGCCUGGUAAAUCAUGCUGUGGCUCAGAAUGAGGAGGGUGAUGCUGCCUACCACAGGGCACUGGCACUGGCACAGGAGAUCCUGCCCCAGAAGAAUCCUGUUGCCACGCGUCGUUCUUACUGGCGGGACAUUAGGCGCGCGACAAGUGGUGCCGAAACCCGGGAACCAACAUCGCCGGUGCCAGGGGACCCUUCAGUGUGCUGAAGAGGAUUCAGAACUGCGAGAAGGUAAAUUAAAAGGUAAGCUUCGAGAGGCAUGCCCCUUUUUGGAAGAGAGCAUGUCAGAAACGGAGCAGAGUGAGAGAUUAGGCUUCCGAGAGGCAUGCCCCUUUUUGGAUUUAACAGAGCAUGUCAGAAACGGAGCAGAGUGAGAAAUUAGGCUUCCGAGAGACAUGCCCCUUUUUGGAUUUAACAGAGCAUGUCAGAAACGGAGCGGAGUGAGAAAUUAGGAGCGCGCAAAAAAGAAAAAGGUUACUAAAACAAAAGUGAAAGAGAUACAAAAGGCGGAAGAAACGCUGCCAGAGGAAAAAAUAGGUAUGCCCCGGAGGACGAAGUACAAGUCAACCGGAGAGGAUACUUUGUAUCCAUUAAAAGAAUUAGAAGCCUUAGAACUGGCUGGCAGUGACUCUGAGCAAGAGUUGUCAGAGUCCGAGGAGGAGGAAUUAGAGGAAGAGGCAGCCAUAUAUGAGGAAGAAAGAUAUGGGCCUAGGUGGAGAGCCACUGUGAAGAAACCUAAAGUUAUGGAUCCUUUGUGGGCAAGGCUGGUAAUUUUGUUUCUUUUUUUCUUUGUGUGGGAUAGAGAAGCCACUGACAGCAAUCUUAAGCCCGGACCAAAACCUCUUUGGCAAAUGGUCCCUGCCUGCUUAGAGGAUAAACAAUGUGAGGAAGCCGUUAGAGCCGUUAGGACAGAUCAGAGGGUCCUUGCAGAGCAACAAAGUAUGUCAGAGGGAGAAAAGGUCUCCAAAGAAAAAAAGAAAAGAAAAGGAGAUAAAAGGAACAGAGAGAAGGCAGAGAUAAAAAAAGAGGAUAAUCAGGACCAGGAAACAAAUAAGAUAUAUUCUUUAAAAGCCUUGACCUUAGAAAUGUCAGACAAUCUAGAAAGCAUCACCGACAGCUUAGAGAAAGUGAAACUAAAGGUAGAACCAUCGGGUCCCGGGCCUCCCGCAGAGCAACAAGGGAAGCGCAGGACUCGACCUCAGUUCGACCACCAGACUCAUAUUGACCCCUCGAAUGGGAACUCAGGUGGUGGAUACAGAUUUUAAAGGCCCCAGUAAGCAGAAUUCAGAAGGAUCACAGAAACUGAAAGCAUGUGCAAAGAUAAAGAUUUGGGGUAGUGGUAGUGGACAAGGUAAUAAUGGUAAAAUGUUUUUGUGUAUGUGUUCUUUUAGAGUUAUGUUAAAAUCUAGAGAAGCAAAGUCGAUUCUCAUAGAUGCUUCUAGUCUUUGGACCCUGACUACAGACAGUUUACACCCUGGACAAGAGAGAGAAUGGGGUUGAGAAAAACAUUCCUCCCGAACUCUCCACAGAUGCUUUGGCAAAAGAAGGAAAUGAGCUUAAACUUUUUGGAGCUCUCCUGGGAACAGAAGGAGGUGGGAGACGUCUUGCCUCCUUGCUGGCUCCUAUUGGAGAAGUGCUUAUUUCUGGUUCUGGGUUCUUUAGGUAGGAUGUUUGGGUCCUUUUGGUGGAACACCAUCUAGUUCUUUUCCUCUGUGUCUAUUGUCUGUCCUUGGUGCACCAAGCUGUCCAUGUAUGUCAAUUUAUGUCUGGGUUUUGCUUCUCCUUGCUUGAAUGUUUUGUGUUUCAUGUUUAAAAGAAAAGGUUAAAAUUUUAAAUGCUGGUUGAUUCACCCAUUGAUGUAGCUUUAACUCCUUUCAAGAAAGGAACAAAUAAAUAAAAAGUUUCAAUUGGCUUUUGGAGCCUGCAUCUGUAGCUAGAAGCCUAAGUCGGCUGGGCAAGCUCCCCAGGGGGCUGGCUAAAUGUUUACACUAGCCGAUCCUAAAGACACAAGGAGCUUCACAGCUUCUAAGGUAACGGAACUGAUCGCUGUCUCUCUUAGAAAAAUCUUUGACUGUGAUUAUUGGACUCAACAGGUGACAAGGUGUUUCUCUUAAAACUACAGCUAGAAAAAGUAAAAAUGGUGAUUGAUUUAAAUAUUAAAGGUAUGUGUAGCCACUUCAUUUUUGUUUUCUGAUUGGUUUUAAAUGUAUAAAUAUUCUCUACAUGCCUUGGUUAUGGACUAUUGGCUUUUAAGUUAUUGGAUAUGGUUAAAAAAAUGUAACAUUGGUAACAGAAAGUUGACAUAAAACUGGAAAAUUUGGAUGGAGUCAUUCUAGAUAACAUGUGGCAUGAGCCAAUCUAGGGAAACAGGUCUAAAUUGGGAUGCCUUUGCUACAAUUUUUUACUGAACAUCCAGUGAUUUUUCCAAAGGUCACUGCCUCAGAGCCUUUGUCUGGAGCGUUAAAUAUUUAUACAGAUGGCUCCAAAACAGGUGUAGGUGCCUAUAUGGUUGAUUCUCAAGAACCAGUAUUAAUUCAAUAUAGUCCAGGCACCCCCCAAAUUACAGAACGUAAAAUUGUAUUGGAAGUUUUCAAAAGAUUUCAUGAUUUUUUUAAUUUCUGACUCUGCUUAUGUAGUUAAUGCGGUGCGCUCACUUGAAAUUGCAGGGCCAAUUCGGUCGACUAGUACUGUAUGUCAAAUUCUUUUAGAAUUACAAAAUUUGAUUUGGGCCAGAAAAAAUAAAAUUUUUAUACAACAUAUUCGAGCCCAUACUAAUUUGCCUGGUCCCAUGACCAGUAAUAACACCCUGGUGGAUGCUAGUACUCGUAGAGAGUUUAUUUUUCAUGCCACUCCGGUUGAUCUCGCUAGAGGAUUUCAUCAAAAGUUUCAUGUACCUGCUUUUACUCUUCAACAAAAAUUUAAAAAUCUCUAGAGCUGCAGCUUGUGAUGUGGUGUUACGUUGCCAAAAUUGUGUUCAAUUUCACCACCCUCCUCAUGUGGUAUUAACCCUCGUGGUCUGAUCCAGCUAAAACUUUGGCAGAUGGAUGUCACACACAUAUCUCAAUUUGGAAAUUUAAAAUAUGCUCAUGUUUCUGUUGAUACCUAUUCCGGUAUUAUACAUGCUACUCUGAUGACUGGUGAAAAGGCUCGUAAUGCCAUUAGCCAUUGCUUAGAGGCAUGGGCAGCCUGGGGAAAGCCUGAUAGUCUCAAGACAGACAACAGGCCUGCCUACACUGCAAAGUCCUUUCAGGCAUUUUGCCAGACAAUGCAGGUCAAACAUACUACAAGAUUGCCAUACAAUCCCCAAGGUCAAGGAAUUGUGGAAAGAGUACAUCGUACCUUAAAAGAGCUUAUACAAAAACAAAAAGGGGGAAUUGCCAGCAGCUGAACACCAAAAGAACAACUUUCUUUAGCUCUUUUUACUCUAAAUUUCUUAAUUUUGGAUGCGCAUGGCCGUUCUGCCACGGAUCGCCAUGCUGCUACUACACCUAUAACUAAUGUAGAAGUAAAGUGGAAGGAUGUCUUAACUGAUGAAUGGCGUGGCCCAGAUCCCGUGAUUUCGAGAUCUAGGGGAGCGAUUUGUGUUUUUCCGCAGAAUCAAGAAAAUCCAAUUUGGGUACCUGAGCGUUUGACUCGAAAAUUGCCUUCUGCUCUUCCUGAAGAUGAGACUACGAACCCUACUAUUACUACUGGGAAUGGUAAUACAGGUUAAUUCGCUCACCCUGUGGGCUAUUGCCAGAUCCUGGCCAGUACCCAUGCCAGUUCAUAGCAAUUCUACUGUUUUGAGAAUAAGACUGACAAGCAUAAUCUCUGGUCUUGGUUUCAAUGGGUGCUGUCCAAUGAGCAAGGGGCAUAUACAUCCCUGACCCCCUUUGCUAGGUUAAUGGGAGAGAACUUCAUGCUGUAUAAUGUUUCAGCUACCAGAAAAAGGUGAUACCAGGUUGAUCAAUAUUCAAUAUAAUAACCUCUUGGUAAAUAAUACUGCCACUAGUACUUCAGUAUGUGCUAGAUCACCUUUUUUCUGAUAAGCACUAAUGUAAGCAGUGGUGCUUUAAAUUGUAAUAGCUCUGAUGUAGUCUGCUAUUUAGCUGAAUGCUGGGAUGGCACUAAUGACACCGCAGUGAUGGUUAAGAUUCCCUCCUUUGUGCCAAUCCCAGUGGAGGCAAACCCAGAUAGCUUUCCUAUUCUUAAUUUGCUGAGAGCCAAAAGAGAUUUUGGAAUUACGGCAGCCAUAAUUUCAGCCAUUGUGCUGUCUGCUGCCGCAGCUACCACAGCUGAAAUCGCUAUGACCAAUCAAAUACAGACGGCUGAGACUGUCAAUCAGAUUGUAGAAAGAACUGCAGUGGUGCUAGAGAUACAAGAAGAAUUUAAUACCCAUUUGGCAUCUGGCCUUCUAUUAGCCAAUCAAAGGAUAGAUUUAGUUCAAGAACAAAUUGAAGCACUGUAUCAUAUGACACAGCUGUCUUGUGUUUCCUCCCUUAGAGGUUUAUGCAUUAUUCCUUUGUGAGCUAACUUUUCUCAGAAUUUUCAACAGAGCAAAGAAAUCUCGAAUUAUCUGAAAGGAAACUGGUCCAUGAAAGCAGAGCAACUAUCAAGACAAUUGCUGAUGCAGAUUGCUGUCCUCAACAGCACUAGGCUGGACCCCAUCACAGUUGAAGACUUUACCUCAUGGAUUACCAAUGCUUUCUCCCUUUUCAAGGAGUGGGCGGGCAUGUUUGUCCCGGGGAGCUAUUGUCCUCCUGGGAUGCGGAGUAGGUCUCUGGCUUAUUGGCUGUUUAAAAAGAGAACAUGCCAGACACAAAAUGGUUGUUUACCAGGCUAUGACCACCAUUAAAAAGGGUGCUUCUCCCAACAUAUGGCUGGCCUCUUUGAAAGAUCAAGAGUUCGCCCUAGAUCAUUUUUGUCACAGUCAUGUGGAGUCAUUGUAUCCAGGGACGGGCAACUUUCCUCGAACUCGGACCAACCUAAGACACGGGGCCCGGUGGCGAUAGGGUAACUCUAUGACGGGUAAGGCCGAGUUUGGAUGAGAACGACCUAAGACAGGAGCAAUGACAAGAUUGACGUGACACCCAGAUCUAGACCAGUCAUUUUAUUAAACAAAAAAGGGGGAGAUGUAGAGAGCGGCGCGGCGAAACAAAGAUGGCGCCGACAUCCAGCCUUGUCUGGAUAUAAACGACUUACUGCGCAUGUGCAGGCUUGUCCCCUUGCUAGGGCUCCCUCUAGUGGUGAACAGCGGUACUGCACAUGUGCGGUUUAUGCACCAGGUGUUAGUUGACCGUUAAUAUGCUAAUGAGGUGAUUCAUUCUCGGCCAAUCCCUGGAGGACAAGUAGUGGGGUGAUCCAAGCCCCACCAAUCCCUGAGAGAUAAUUAGCAUACUGUUGUCUAUAUAAGCCGAGCGAUUUUGCUGCUCGGAGUCCCUGUUCAAGAGAGCUGUAACACUAAGAGAGCUGUAACACUAAGAAGAGCUGUAACACAGUAAAGGCUUGCUCGCAGAAGAA